AUGGCCAGGUUCCGAGAAGGCAGCAUGAGCCACUGUUCCCGUAAGAGCGGGGACGCAAGGCGACAUAAACUCAAAUUGCACCUGGUGCACAGUCCCCCGCUGCACCCGGAUUUCAAGAGGGCCCUUGGGGCCCUGCCCCCCCACUUCAACGCCUCCACCGAGCCCGACUACCUCAGGCUCAUCUCCAACUACGGCACCCACUUCAUCCGCUCCGUGGACUNGGGCUCCGGCUGCCAGCGCCACGUGGCCAAGGCCAAAAUCAGCUCCACUGAAGCCAUGGCCCGGGAGGCAGCUGGCAGCAUCCGCAAUGACUGGCGAAUUGGGCUGGACGUGACCCCCAAGCCCAACAGCAACGUGCACGUGGCCGUGGCCGGCUCCCACUCCCAGGCAGCUGACUUUGCGGCCCAGAAGGCCCACCAGGACCAGUACAGCUUCAGCACUGACUCGGUGGAGUGUCGCUUCUACAGCGCCCUGCGCACCUGCCAGCUGGCCCUGGAGGGCCUCACGGCCGACGAGGUGGGGGACUGCCUGGCCGUCGAGGCCGAGGUCAGCAUAGGCGGCCUCGGCAGCUCCUCGGCAGAAUUCAAGGCCUGUGAGGAGAAGAAGCGGCGGCACAAGCUGGAGGCCUCUUUCCACCACACCUACCGGGAGCGCCAUUCCGAAGUGGUUGGCGGCCACCACGCCUCCAUGCACGACCUGCUGUUCGGGAGCCAGGUUGGGCCUGAGCAGUUCUCGGCCUGGGUGGCCUCGCUGCCCGACAGCCCCGGCCUGGUGGACUUCAGCCUGGAGCCUCUGCACGUGCUCCUGGAGGGCCGGGACCCGCGGCGGGAGGCGCUGCGACAGGCCGUGAGCCACUACCUGCUGAGCAGGGCGCGCUGGCGGGACUGCAGUCGGCCCUGCCUGCCCGGGCAGCAGAAGAGCCCCCACGACCCGUGCAAGUGCGUGUGCCACAGCUCAGCCAACACCAACCACGACUGCUGUCCGCGGCACAGGGGCCUGGCCCGGCUGGAGGUGAUGAACUUGCAGGCCACAGGCCUGUGGGGCGACUUCAUAACUGCUUCAGAUGCCUACGUGAAGGUCUUCUUUGGCAGGCAGGAGCUGAGGACAGACACCGUGUGGAACAAUAACCACCCCAGGUGGACCACGCGGCUGGACUUUGGGGUCGUGCUCCUGCCCAUUGGGGGGCCCCUGAGGGUGCAGGUCUGGGACGCAGACAAUGGCUGGGACGAUGACCUCCUCGGUUCUUGUGACCGGACUCCAAAGUCCGGCUCACAUGAGGAGAAAUGCAACCUGAACAAUGGUCACCUGAAAUUCCGCUACCAUGUCAGUUGCUUGCACCACCUGACAGGGGAAACCUGCCUGGAGUAUGCCCCCCAAGGGCUUCUGGGGGAGCCUCCGGGAAACCGGAGUGGGGCCGUGUGGUGA